AUGGGAAACCUCGCGCGCUUUUCCUCUUCAAAUGGCGUCGUGUGCCGCGCGGCAGAGCGCGGCAGACAUGCGGCACUAGUGCGUGGUUCUGGUCCCAGAACACAAACUGUACACAGGUCUGCGCUUCAGCAGAGCACCGCAUCCCGCUCUCCGCCCGCAGAGGGCACUGUCGAGGCCACCGUCAUAUCUGGGUCAUGUUGUGAUCGCGGCAGCGCGACUUAUUACGUUUUCGCGAUCAUGGAGCCGUGUUGUCGUGUUGAAGAUGCCCCCUCUUCUCCCUCUCGCUCCCCCCCUCACUACUCUCCUCGCUCGUCCCUGAGUCCUGGCUCUUGCCCUGGAGCCUGCGGAGCCUCCAGUCCUCCAGCAGAUCCCGGACCAGACCUGGGACCUGAACCUGACCCUGGACCAGACCACAGACCAGACCCCGGUUCAGGCCUCGGGGCUGAACCCAGACCUGGGGGUGUGAUGGACCUCAGCCGCUGGCCUCUCUUCUCCCUCCUAAAGCCCCAAGAGCUGUCAGCCGUGCGUCAGGCCUGUGUGUUCGGAACCAUGGCCAACGAAGCCAUUUAUGUCACUCACAGCCAGGAGGUCUUUGCUCUGGGGCUGAACUGCUCUGGCUGUCUGGGCACCGGGGACUCGCUCAGCUCCAUUGUCCCAAAGAAGGUGGAGUGCCUGUGGGGGAAGGGUGUGGUCAGUGUGGGCUACGGCAGUGGACCACACGUGCUGCUGGUGACAGACGACGGACAUCUGUACUCCUGGGGACACAACGGCUACUGCCAGCUGGGGAACGGGACCACGACGCAGGGCCUCAGUCCAGCGCUGGUCACCGGGAAUCUGUCCAACAAACACGUGGUGCAGGUCAGCUGUGGGUCGCACCAUUCCCUGGCACUCACGCACGAUGGCGAGGUGUUUGCUUGGGGAUAUAAUAACUGUGGUCAGAUCGGAUCCGGAUCCACAGCGAACCAGCCGCAUCCACGGAGAGUCACGGGCUGUGUGCAGGGACGCACCGCAGUGACCAUCAGCUGUGGACAGACCAGCUCCAUGUGCGUCUGUGACAACGGAGAGGUCUUCGGUUGGGGCUACAAUGGGAAUGGGCAGCUGGGCAUCGGGAACAACGGGAACCAGCUGAGUCCGUGUCGAGUGUCGGCUCUUCAAGGCGUCUGUGUGAACCAGCUGGUGUGUGGCUACGGUCACGUCUUGGCUCUGUCGGAUGAAGGCGUGUGUUACUCCUGGGGCUCCAACACCUACGGACAGCUGGGCACCGGCAACAAGAGCAACCAACUCAGUCCUGUCAGAGUCAUGGCGGAGAAACAACGAGUGGUGGAGAUUGCCGCCUGCCACUCCACACACACGUCAGCCGCCAAGACUCAGAGCGGACAGGUGUACAUGUGGGGGCAGUGCAGAGGCCAGUCCUUGCUUCUUCCCUCUCUCACUCACUUCCUGUCCACCGACGACGUGUUUGCCGGGUUUGCGACACCGGCGGUGAUGUGGCGUAUGGUUUCCGUGGAGACAGACGACUUCCUGACAGUGGCGGAGGCUCUGAGGAAGGAGUUCGACAGCGAGGAGACGUCUGACCUGCGCUUCAGUGUUGAGGGCAAGUGCAUCCACGUGCACAAGGCCCUGCUCAAGAUCCGGUGCGAACACUUUAGGUCCAUGUUCCGCUCUCAGUGGACGGAGGACCAGCAGGAGGUCAUCGAGAUCGCACAGUUCUCUUUCCCCGUCUACAGAUCCUUCCUGCAGUUCCUCUACACCGACACCGUGGAGCUGCCCCCUGAGGACGCCAUAGGACUCCUGGACUUGGCCACGUCGUACUGUGAGACUCGUCUGAAGCGUCUCUGUCAGCAGAUCAUCAAGCGCGGCAUCACCGUCGACAACGCCUUCACGCUGCUGUCGGCCGCCAUCAAGUACGAUGCAGAGGACCUGGAGGAGUUCUGUUUCCGCUUCUGUGUGAACCACAUGACUCUGGUGACACAGACUCAGGCGUUCUGGCAAAGUGACGGACGCAUGCUCAAGGAGUUUAUCAGCAGAGCCAGUCGCUGUGGGGCCUUCAGGAGCUGA